AUGCAAACACCACAACAAGUUCUUGUUUCUCCUACUUAUGUUGCACUUCCACAAUAUCAACAACCAAUUUAUAUAGAAAGUAAACCAUCACCACAACAAAGUGUUCAUUCAGUGAUUUCUAUUCCAGUACCUGUUGUUCCACAAACUAAUAAAGAAAAUGAAAUUAAUGAUACUGCUGCAAAUAUUUCUUUAUUAUUUAUUAUUAUUGGAUUUUUCUUCCCAUUAGUUUGGAUUAUUAAUUAUGUUCUUUUCAGUAAUAGUAAAGAUAAACGUGCUUCUUUAUUUGCUCGAUUAUCAUUGUCUAUGUUUGCUAUUGGAAUUAUCUUUUGUGCUCUUCUUAUUUGUUUCAUGGUAAUAUUUUGA